UUAAAUAAAAAAAAAAUUUCUUUUCUUUCAGUCGUAAAUUUCAAAUUUUUUCACAUUAAUAUUAGUAAAGCUAUGUCACCAUCGCCAUUUGUUUUCAUAACUUCAAAACCAACUUUAUUUCCUUCAAUCAUUUUUAGUAUCCUUUUCCUGCUUGCAUCAAGCCUUCACCUUUUUCGUAUAAUACAAACCCGACGUCGUGUCUACAAAUUAUUAUUCAUAUUUAGUUUUUUAAGAACAGUAUUAUUUAUUAUACGGAUUGCAUGGUCAAAAAACCAAGAUUCAUUUGAACUUGCGAUAUCUUCUGGAAUUUUCACUGCAGGCGCAUUUUUCAUAAUAAUUUUAGCAAUAUAUAUUCUUUUAGAGGAUUGGAUUCUUACCCUCUCAAAUGCAAUUCAAAUUACGGAUAGUAAUUCAAAUUCACAAAGGCGCUCAAAAUUAACAAAUUAUGAACAUUACACCUUAAAAACGGCAGAAUGCCUUCUUCCAGCAUUUUCAGCAUUAUUCGUAGUAGGAUCAAUAAAAGAAUUCAAUACAGAUAUGUCUGACGAAUUGGACACUUCAAUAGAAAAAGGUGAUACCAUAAUAAAAUUUUCCAUGAUAAGUUUCUUAAUUAGCGUAUCACUUUAUAUGCUUCUUGUCACAUAUUUCGCAAUAAAGUAUAGUAAUAUACCUAUUCACAAACAAUUAAAGGUUUUGGUAUUAUAUAUUGUUGGAGCUUUAUUAUUGAUUGAGCUGGUUUACGGAACUUUUAUGAUUUUCUCUCCGCCUACCGAUAAGAUUAAUAAGUAUAGUUGGGUCUUUUAUUUGUUCGAGUCACUUCCAGAGGUUUUAAUUUUGGCUAUUUUGGGGGGUGUUAUUUUAGGUGAAUGGUUUUUUGAGGAAGAGAAUAUUGAAUUGGUUGAUAGCAUUAAAACUGUUUCAAUUGGGUCGAUUGGGAAUGGAAAUGCAAGCGUCUGAGUGAAUAUAUUUCAUAAACAAUUACAUCGCUGGCGAAUGUUAACGUCAUCAAAAAGCGCACAUACUGUAGAUAUAAUUAACUUGAAUACAAAUAGACGAAAAUUAAGGAGGAGGAAUUUGACGCAGUAAAUUUGAUGCUGCGCUGGGCGCUGGUUACAAUCAAAUCGGGAUGAACGACGUUAGAGUUGGCGAGAUUAAAAGAUAAUAAUAAUAAAGUAUUUUCUGUCCUUCAUUUAUUUUGGAGGUUAAAAUGUAAAUGAAAACUACGUAAUUACUACAGUUUUAAAUACUACUUUUUUUGUAAAUUUUUUCUUUUAGUAUAUUUUGUAGUUGAAAGAUACCUAAUCAUGUAAUAAAUUUUCACAUUCAAAAUUUUCUUACACUUA